CGGAGAGCGAAUAGCGGACGCAGAACGGGAAACGCGGACGGAAAUCCUUGGCGCUGCGAAAGUCCCAGUUGUUGCACUUGCAGAAGCAACACCGGCAGCGACGAGUCCAACUGGACGACGACUGGCGGCAUAUUUUCGAGCGACGGGGGCCACGCGACGAGAGGACAACGUUGUUGCUCCGGAGAUGCGUAGCCCCGUGGGCAAAAUGGUUGAGCUCUGGUUUACCAAAGACCGAUCGUCCCCAGUGAAGGAGCUACUACAUGGGCCGGGAUCAUGCGAAAGCACAGGUAAAGAAAGAUCAUGCGCGACGAGUUCGCAGGCACUUGCACCUGCAACUCCUGCUGGAAACCACGCAGGACCAAUGAACCCCGAAAUAAGCGCGUCUGCCGAGGAAGCCGCGCAGAGCCCCGUCACAAGUAGCCCGCCGGCCGGGCCAGAGACGCAGGAAACGCAGCAGCAAAAGAACAUGUCAAGCGAGGAGCGAAUGCGGUUGCUGCUGACCUACGUUGCGUUACUCGAGGAUGAAAGCGUAAUAAAUUCGGUGACGCUUGAGCCGAAACCGUUUACUCCUGCGCACUACGAGCUACUUAAGACCACUGAGCCGGAUGACUGGGAUGUUGCGGAGGCGCUGCGAGAGAAGCUGCAGUACCGCACCCACAUGCUACGCGAGCUGCAUCGACUAGCCAUCAGGGCGGACAACACAGAAGUUGCUCCUAUCAACUUUGACAGCGACUUUCGACCGGUGUUGCAUCGCGAACUCAAAAUGCAGACGCUGCUGGACGAGAUGAAGACUGCUUGGUUGGAAGUGGGAGCGGAGCCCCAGCAGCAAAGAAGAUUCCAUGACGUUUUUGCCGAUUUCAGUGCACCGCCGGGCGUACCUGAACUGUUGGACGUAGGAAAGAGAUUGGGCCGGCGCUGGAUGGGGGCCUUCCCGUGGCAGACCAUCUCUGCCUGCCCCGCAAAACAUGGGCCGGCCGGCGCCGCGGCGGCUCGGUUACAGGCCGUGCUGUAUCAGCCGGGCGGAACAACGGAGGUGGAUGCGAUUGCGCUGCAGGAACAAGGCGAAAGCCCAUCGCGACUCGCCGACCCACACGACGAGCUGCCAGAAGAAGUCCGACAGAAAUCCGGUGCACCAAAAGUGAGCCGUCAACCCGCCACGCUGACUGCGCAGUGGCUUUUCCUCCCAAACGCACCGAGCACCGGGUUGCACCACACAGUAGACACCCUCCUGACACAGCACUUUGAGAAAUAUGCAGCUGCAAUUCGAAUAGAGCGCAUGCUGCGGCCACGAUUCCAGGAUGCAGACAAGGAAGAACAUGUUCAGCACUACGCAUCAAUGCUCUCGCGCGUCGGUAUAAUCGAAGAUGUUAUCUAUGAAAACCUUUUCGCAGCCUACAAAACACAAGUUAAUUCGCUCGCCCACCUGCACAACAAGGAUGCACGUCGCGACAGUGCGGUGCGGGAGCUCGCCUCGGGCCUCAAAGUGUUACGCCGCGUAAGCCGCCGGAAUGGAGGUGGAGAGCCGCCCUCAAGUCUACCGCGGGUCGUCUUGCCCGAGGACCAGAACGACUUCGUGGACGGCUACACAGACUGGAUUCUGGCCACCUCUUUGCCACAGCCUCCUGAAUACCACAUGAGCAAGUGCAAUAUGAAACAGGCAUUCAAGGAUGCCAAGGGCGAGGAGUUUCUCGUCCCGCUUUUCGCGCUCGACGAUUUGUACAAAGCCCCUAUGGUUAUAGGACGCGACGAGGACCCGGCGAUGGCCACGAUAUACGCCGACGAAGAUUUUAUUCCCGAUAGUACUGACGUUGGUGCGGCCUGGAGCACGACCACAAAACCGUUCUUCAACAACAACCACCAGGAUAAAAGCGGAGUUCCCUCGAUCUUUGAUUCCGUCCUGGAGCGGCUCAGUUCACUGCGUGCGAGCAAAAAAGCGUGCCCGCCCCGUAAUGAUGACGAGAAGCACGCCCAGCCGCUCGCGAAUGAGGGCGCGGACGAGUUCUACGCGCGCGUUUGCCUCCUCCCCGUGCUGGAGGGAAUUCUAAAGGAACGGCAGCAGCGGUUAGAAUUCAGCCAGAAUCUAUUGCUCGACUCGGCGCUCCGGGUUCUGGUGCUGGCCGCACGGAAGGUGGCUGGAGUUGAUGGUGCGAAAGUGGCGCAACUACGGGUCCUGCUCGGCUACCAUGUUACUAACAAGCGUAUAACUACAACUGCCGCUGCUGGGGUGUGUGCGUCACACGUGGCCCUAGUGCCAUGGAGUUCCACCAAGGAGGCGCAACUGAAAGAAAAAGAAGAAGAGGGUGCUCUCGACGAGGAAGGACAAGAAUAUGAAGAACCCGAUGCAGAGAUGGUAGGCGCGUCCUCGGACAGCUUCCACGACAGCAUCCACGCAUAUGCAGCGGGGAAGGAGGGGCUAGAUGACCGACGGGAAGGAGCACUUUUUGUACCCAGUUCUUACUUCCCGCUUCCGGAAGCUUGCGGGCCACCACAGGUAUUCUCUCCCGAACAAUCGUUGUUUCGCGGCGCUGGCGCCUUACGCACGGACCCGCCGUUCGACGACCGCAGGGCAUCUGCAUCUACUGAGCAGGCACUCCCACGUGGAAAAGCAAAAAGCGCUGGGUUGAACCUGAAAAAAGCAAAAACGUUACCAGCAAGUCGGCUACGACUGAAUCUUGCCGGCAAGCAGCGCAGUUCGCCGUCUUCGUUGAUAUCCACGAGGACGAGGACGUCGUCGGGUACUAAUUCGUUCCCCUUAGUAGAGCAGUCUUUCGCCGAACAGCUGCCCCUGUCUGGACUUUGUUCGGAACCUGAUGCAGAGCCGGCGCCGGCGCCGUUGCAGUUGCACCCACAGGUGCCGCAAAAAGACAUACGCUUCAGGCUGGCAGAAUCUUCAGGCAAUAAUUAUACGUAGAUGGCACCGAUUUCCCAUCUCAAGUGCACCAGAAACGGAACGUCGCUAAGUGAACAUGGAACGCUCGCCAGCUGCAGAAGAGGAGGCGGGCCAUCACAAAUGAUUUGGGUUCGAAUCUGUAUGUGAAACUAGUAAAGCAACCGGUUCAAAAAUAUAUUCGUACACAGUACAUCAUCUGCAGUCGGGGUAUUCCUGCUGGAAAACGAAACGUUGGCUUAGGCCGAGAAAUGGCCAUUCUGAUGGCUAGUGCAGUGCGUCGUAUAGUACGCAACAAAAUAGACAGCAAGCAUAGCAUUGUCAGCGUGCUCGUGCUCCAAGAAUAUCUGAAUGAUGUCGCCGAAACUAACUUUUAUGAUAUAAAUCGAAACGAAACUCGUACUCGCAGCUAGUGCCCCCCAUCGAGCAACCACCGUAUUUUUUCGAGUUCGGGACCCCGCGUGUCGAUACAAACCCUUUAGAUGUUGUUUCGUGUGGAUAAGGAUGCUGAAGUACUUGAACUUCGAAUUCUACCAAAAUCUAGAUAGACCACACCGCCCAUUGAAACGGCCGCCAUUAACCGGCACCUUUACAACCGGAAAGCGUUUUCCUUGGUGUAGCGCCGGGUGUCAUGGUUGUGCCAGUCUGUUACACAGGCCUGGAUGCGCAAAGUCCGUCCGAAGGCUUGCGAAAGGGUGUGGUCAUCGGAAGAAAAGCUAUAAGAGGAAUCCUGACCGGUCAGAAUGUAGAGCUUGGCGGCCUUCUGAAU